UGCCGGCAGCCCGCUCCUCCACCGCGAUGGUCGACAUGGAGAGCCACUACCAUCCCCCUUCGCCCCUGGAGGACUCGGUGCUAGGCAGCCCCCUGUGCGGAGAUGACGAAUUCAUGGGCGGCAUGGAGGAGAUCCAGGACUUCUCUCAGUCCAUUAACAAUGACGCCCUCAGCUCCUUUGAUGUCCCCGAAUACCAGUCCUCCAGCAAUGGCUCUGAAGGUUCCACUGUUCUAGAUGCCCUGACGCCAGCAUCCAGCCCGUCGUCGGUUGUCUACGGGUUCGCAGCGGGCCAGGAGGAGUUCUCAUCUGCCUCCUCUUCGCUUAAUCUGGAGUGUCGAGUUUGUGCUGACCGCGCCUCGGGCUACCACUAUGGAGUCCACGCCUGCGAGGGCUGCAAGGGUUUUUUCCGACGGACCAUCCGUCUGAAGCUGGAGUAUGACAAGUGUGAGCGUCGCUGCAAGAUCCAAAAAAAGAACCGCAACAAGUGCCAAUACUGCCGCUUCCAGAAGUGCCUGUCAGUGGGCAUGUCCCACAACGCCAUCCGGUUUGGUCGGAUGCCCCAGUCAGAGAAGUUAAAGCUGAAGGCGGAGAUGGUAACAGGGGACAGGGAGGUGGAAGACCCACAGGUGGCCGACCAGAAGACGCUGGCCCGGCAGAUUUACGAGGCCUACCUCAAGAACUUCAACAUGAACAAGGCCAAGGCUCGAACCAUUCUCACCGGCAAGACCAGCACCCCUCCUUUCGUCAUCCAUGACAUGGAGACCCUCCAGCUGGCAGAGCAGACGCUGGUGGCAAAGAUGGUGGGCUCAGCGGGACCGCCGAAGGACAGGGAGGCAGAAGUUCGGAUUUUCCACUGCUGCCAGUGCACGUCGGUGGAAACCGUCACCGAGCUCACGGAGUUUGCAAAGUCCGUCCCCGGGUUCUCGAGCCUGGACCUCAAUGAUCAGGUGACUCUUUUGAAAUAUGGCGUGUACGAGGCCCUCUUCGCCAUGCUCGCCUCCAGUAUGAACAAGGAUGGGCUUCUCGUAGCUUACGGUUCAGGCUUCAUCACCCGGGAAUUCCUCAAGAGCCUGCGGAGGCCCUUCAGUGAUAUGAUGGAGCCAAAAUUCCAGUUUGCAAUGAAGUUUAACGGCAUGGAGCUGGAUGAUAGCGACCUGGCUCUGUUUGUGGCCGUUAUCAUCUGCUGUGGAGACCGCCCAGGCCUGGUGAAUGUGACGCACAUCGAGCGAAUGCAGGAAAGCAUUGUGCAGGUGCUACAGCUCCACCUGCUGGCCAAUCACCCCGACGACGCUUUCCUUUUCCCCAAGAUGCUGCAGAAACUGGCUGACCUCCGGCAGCUGGUCACUGAGCACGCUCAGCUGGUGCAGGAGAUCAAAAAGACAGAGGACACCUCACUGCACCCACUCCUGCAGGAGAUCUACAGAGACAUGUACUGAGGGAUUGUGGAGGAAUAACCAGGAGAGGCACUCUACAAAGCAUCUCCUUUUUUUUCAGGGAAAGAAGAAGAAGAAGAAGAAGAGAAGAAGAAGAGCUCUCCAUAAGCUAGGUUGAACCACUUACACCCCCCCCCUAAUGCAGUAAGAGUAAGCUUUGGCUUCUGGUCAGCACACGUGGUCCUGUUAAGGCAAGAGGCGGAUGAUUCUCUUGGUUUGACACAGUGCUCUCCACUCCAUUGUGUGGAGCUUCAUUGGCAGAAAAAGUCACGUGUGCAAAGACGGGAUGUACAGCUGAUUGAGCCCCCCUUAUCUAGACACCAGUGUAUGCAAUCUCUGACCAAACAUUUGGAUAAAAACACUAUAUGCUAAUUCGAAGUAGUGGAGGUGAUCUCCAUGGUUCUCCCUAUCCUGACACUUAACAAGCCCUACAAUGAGGAAAGACAGUGAAACUUGGUAGUCACCACUCCAGCAGUGAAAGCUUGAAAGUAGAUUUUUAUACUGAUGUCAAAGAGCAAAGAGCCAUAUAUCUUCACAGCCAAAUGGCUUCGGUAGUCAGCGACAGACAAAAAGGCAGUACUGAGACAGUUUCCAUGCAGUCAACAACAGUUGGAGAUGGUUAUCCAUGCACCAGCCACCCAGCAUGUUUCUUCACCCGUUUUAUACCCAGAGACACGACUGUGACGCUUCUGAACAUAGCCAUUUAUUUGUACUUUAAGCCAUACUGUGUUUGUUAUGAUAUCUGGAUAUAAUCGAUGUCUUUCAUAUGUCUCUUCCUAACAAGACGUCGCCAACACUUCGUAUCGAUCAUCGUCACGUAUUACUCAACAAACUCCGUCCAUUAUUUUUUUUUUUUUUACUCUUCAGGAUGAGAUGGCAAAAAUAUUUUUAAAGAUUUAAUAUUCACAGUGUACAUGCAGAACAAUGUACGUCCGAGGCACGAGCACGCCUUGCAAUAUUUUAAUAUGACACUAUUUUAUACCUGUUAAAAAUGCCUUUUUCACAAAACACACGCGCAGACAUUUGGCACUCCAUCAUGUUUUGUGUGCUGUUAUUCGAGGGCCACCACCCAGAUAAAGCGCAUUACAACCUCAUUACAGGCAGAUGAUUUUUGGCGUUUUGGCAUAAAUUAUUUCAUGUUUUUUUUUUUUUUUCUCAGUCAUUGAAGCCCCGUCCCUUCAAAAUACAUCUCAUUAUUGUGUCUCUCCUCCUCCCUCCCUCUGUCAGUCUCUGUCUGCCUUCUAUUGUACUUCACUGGCCGUGUUUGGUCAUCAUAACACAUGCAGUUGAUUAAGAUUCAGGGGUCUUAUGUGCACAUUUUUUAUAUUACGACAAAGGAAAAGCACUAUAAAAACAAUGGUUUGGCCUCAGAUUAAACCAAUACUUUAACAAUAAGAAGAUUUUCAUCAUUAGACACUUGAUUUGGGGCGAAGAAAUCUGCACUUAUUUAACUGUAUGAGUGAAAUAAAGCGACUUAGACUUUGCAAACGGCUAAAAGAUGUUUGUUUUUUUGCAAUUAGACAAGUGUCUGGUGAUGGAUUGAGACCAAAUACGUUUCCACAAGUUGUUUUUUGUCCUCUACGACGAUAACGAUGCAUGUGAAGAGGCCACUCCUGUAAUUUUUGUUGUCAUACUUGCUUUUGUAGAAAAAAAAGAACAUGCUACACAGAAGACCUGCAGUAAGGGAAUGGUGAUAAGGAUAGUUUGGAUAAUAUAUACUGUAUGUAAAUCUGCGACGGAGUUUCCUUAUCCAACCAAAAUCUACUUAAAUCAUAAUGGAUUCUUUUUUCGAAAUUCAGUCACAAGAAAUGGUAAUAAUUACAUCACAUUGUAUAAACAGAGUGUACUGUACAUAGCUGAAAUGAUCACAUUGACUGCUCGCCCCGACUUUUAGCUCAUGAGGUAUACAAGGUACUAAUGAUGAUCAACUUUUGUAUUCCUCGUUUUGGUAAAUGUAAUAAAGUACUGUAUGUUUUUGUUUUUUUUGCUUAAAUGCCACAUACUUGUGUUUUUAAUUGAAUUGGAUCAUAUUUUUAUACUAAAGUAUAUAUGUAUGACUAAAUCAGAUAAUUGUGUAUUUGAAAUGGCACGAUUUGAAGAGUGCAGUGUAAAUAGACUUAAGGGUUGACAUGGCAACCGGUCAUCUGAACAUGCAUAGAUCUGAAUCCCGUUGGGGACAUUCCUUUUGUUAAUUGCUAUUUUUAGAUGGAGAACCAUCGACGCCGCAGUAUGCGUUCAGUUCAUUUCAACUGUAUUUCAUUCAUUUGUUAAAUUAAGCUCUUAGGAUUUGAACUGAAAGCAUACGUGGGCUGUGCAGGGCUGUGCUAGCUCACAACUUUGAGUAGCUGAUUAAAACUUGACCUCUGUGACCUUUCUUUUUUAUCAUUUGAAAAAUCAAGCUACAGCGCAGCACUGAUCGUACAGUAUUGGUCUCGUCUUUUUAUACUGUGUUCUCAGGUUGCAUACUCUCACGUGUAAUAUAUGCACAGAAUUUCAUCAUUAUUAUUAUUAUUAUUAUCAGAAAUCAUCCAUAGUUGCCAACUUUUUUUUUUUUUUGACACAUCACAUCUCUCUGGAUUUAAAUGCGAGAAACUGAAUGCAGUCUUAUUUGCAUCACAUCAAAUAAUGAUACAGUAAAGAAGAUGCACUAAUGGAAAUGCAGUAUGUACUGUUUUAUAAUCCUGUUUUUGUCACGCUUUUUGUCUGAUUUUCCUCUCCUCACUCGCUGCUAUGUUGUACUAACUCACCAAACAUUUCUAAUGCCAUGAGUAGAUUACUGACCCUCAAACUGCCUCUACUUACUUAUUAUAUCUUCUCACAGAAUGUCAGUCCCACAUGCAGAAUUCAUUCAAUGCAGCUCGGUUUUUCCCCCUCGCAAGACUCCUGGGACUUGUAGUUCCCAGGUAGGCUUCGGGAUUAACCACAAACGAUCUGUGCCUUAGCGUGUUCCCAUGCCAUAAAACACUAGAGAUUCAGAAAAAAAGACUUGACUUGUGCACGCACACACUUUCAGACUUGUAAACUGUUUGUGUCGUCAGAUAGAAUUCGAUGUUUGUGACACAACGGGGCCACGCAGACUGGAAAUUAUGUCAGAGCAGAUUAAGGAAACUAUCCUAAACGGAGACAGAGGCUCAAAAGUGCUAUUGAAGCUUCAUUUUACAGUACAAAAAAAGGACACACUUUAAACAAAGAAAACGAAACACAAUAUGGUUGAAACACAUAGAGCUCUAGAGGAGAAGUAGUGCACAUUUGGGAUGUCUGCUUACCCUGAAGAAUGUCUGUUUUGUGUUGAAUUGACAAGGGACUGUUUAACUUGUAUCAGGGAAACUUAGUCUUUCUUUGUUAACUAGCUCAGGACAUAGACAGAUACUGUUCUUCCUUUAUCUCGGUCUCUCUUGUCCUCUCUAGAAGGAGAUUAUAGUGCUCUGCCUUACAGCACAUAAACCCCAACUACAAUAUUGAUUAAUAUUGAUAUGACCUUCAUUUUCCAAAACUGACAGAACAAUGUUACCAGGGGGGCAGCAGUCAUAGGAAUUAGAUAUUUGAUUUUUUUCUUUUCUUCCUGGAUUUCAUGGAGUUUGUUUUUGUGGCUAUAGUGUCAUGCAAAGCGACAACAGAGACUGUCUUUGGAUGUGUUGUUAAUUUGUACUGUGGCGUGGUAAAGAUGCUGUAAAUGUUUGAUGAAUGUAUAUCUAGUCAUUUAAACAAUGGAACAAGUUGACAUUGAAUGGAUUUCAAAAUAAAGUCUUU